AUUCCCGGAGAAAAAGGGAAAAAAUAAUACCGUAAAGAAUUGGUUAGUCCCGUGUUAAAUCUUCCACGACCAGCCCAGGAGGGAACUGCCGUCAUAGUGGAAUGUGUUAUUACAAUCCGCGUUAUAUUUAUGAAUGUAUAUGCACAUGUAGGUUCUACCUACCAUUCGAAUUCAAAAGGAAUAUAAAACUGAGACUGACAGCGGGCUAUCCCUGCAAGAAACGGGAAAAAAUCGAAGGAUUUUCGUGUUUUUGUCAUGUUUAGAAGAAUCAGAACCCAUUUAACAAUGUGUUGGGGACAAUCAGAACGCUUUUAGGAGCCUUGCUGAUGUAAGGAAGAAUAAACAUUUUAGCAACAAAAGAAAAGACAGAAGGGCCUUUGGAUUGAGAAAAACCAGCCUGGAACAGCCAUCACAGAAACGGGGGAAAAUCAGGAAAAUUGAAUUAUUUCGGGGAUCUAAACUGGAACCGGACUUACAGUUUAGUUCGAGGAUAAUCGUGCGGAUAUAAAAGUAAUUAAAUGAAGACGGAAGCAAUGAAAAUAUUACACAUGUAGUUCGUUUAGUGUAUAUAUUUUUUUCUUCAGUCAGUGUACACAGUCUGCGUGGAGAAAGGCCGUUUUAAGUAAAUACACAGAAAAUACGCAUUUUCCCUAAGCUAUGUCAAUUUUAACUCGUGUAAAAAGGGUCCGUGUCAUUUCACAGUCGAGUUUUUGUGUCAUGCCGAGUUUGGGUCUCUGUCACAGGCAACAGUGAGACGUGAGACCCGGGCCGCUCGUGAGAUGAAAAUAGGCUAUUUAUCCUGUCUUCAAUUGAAUGUAAAAGAGGUAAAAACCCUAAUUAACCUUUACAUCUGUGGAUCGUAAUCUAUAUCGGUACAUAAAAACUGUAUGCGAAGAAGGAAAAGCCUACAGAAUUUACCAAACUAAGGGCGGCCUGGGUGUCGUCAUCAACCUGCCCUUUUUGACAGCAAUAUCUACUGAAAAUACGCAUUAUGUAUACAUAAUUACAAACGCAGAAGGACAGCGUUUUCAAACAGAUUAGUUCGACGUAACACUAAACAACAGACUGUAUACAUGUCGUUAAUAUUGCUAUCAAUUUCGUGGGUCAACCGAGGGAUCUAGAAUACUUUGUUUAUUUAUUUAUUUUUUCACAUUCCCCCUCCCCUGGACCCUUUUUCUUGCGGGAAGAUGGGUUGUUUGGGCAACAGUAAGACUGAAGAUCAGCGAAAUGAGGAGAAGGCACAAAGAGAGGCAAACAAAAAGAUAGAAAAACAGCUUCAGAAGGACAAACAGAUAUAUAGAGCAACUCACAGGCUACUACUUUUAGGGGCGGGGGAGUCAGGAAAGAGCACCAUAGUAAAACAGAUGCGAAUCCUCCAUGUGAAUGGCUUCAACGCAGAAGAGAAGAAGCAGAAGAUUCACGACAUCAAGAAUAAUAUUAAAGAAGCUAUCGAGACCAUAGUAGCGGCCAUGAGUACACUGACGCCUCCCGUUCUGCUUGCCAGUCCACACAACCAAUACCGAAUCGAAUACGUCCUCAACUUAGUUAAUCAGAAAGACUUUGAAUUCACAUCUGAGUUUUACGAAAACGCCAAGACUCUGUGGCAGGACGAGGGUGUGAGGGCUUGUUUUGAGAGAUCCAAUGAGUACCAGCUGAUCGACUGUGCCCAGUACUUUCUAGACAAGAUUGACAUGGUGAAACAGAGUGACUACACUCCUACUGAUCAGGACCUACUAAGAUGCCGAGUGCUCACCUCUGGGAUCUUUGAAACCAGAUUUCAGGUGGACAAAGUAAAUUUCCACAUGUUCGAUGUUGGUGGUCAAAGGGAUGAACGUCGAAAAUGGAUCCAGUGCUUUAAUGAUGUAACAGCCAUUAUCUUUGUGGUGGCCAGUAGCAGCUACAACAUGGUGAUUCGAGAGGACAAUCAGACCAACCGUUUACAGGAAGCUCUCAAUCUAUUCAAGAACAUAUGGAACAACAGGUGGCUGCGGACCAUUUCUGUCAUCCUAUUCCUCAACAAACAGGACCUGCUAGCAGAGAAGGUUUUGGCUGGGAAAUCGAAAAUCGAAGAGUACUUCCCAGAAUUUGCACGCUACACCACACCAGAUGAUGUCUCUCACUCGUCUGUAGCGACACCAGAACCAGGGGAGGACCCACGUGUCACCAGGGCAAAGUACUUCAUACGAGAUGAGUUCCUGAGGAUCAGCACAGCCAGCGGAGACGGCAGGCACUAUUGUUACCCCCAUUUCACAUGUGCCGUGGACACGGAAAACAUCCGGCGCGUCUUCAACGACUGUCGGGACAUCAUUCAGAGGAUGCACCUUCGGCAGUAUGAGCUCUUGUGAUCGGAGGGGGCCCACGACACUGACUCUGACAUCCCACAUCGGUUCCCCGCCCCCCAACCCCC